AGCCAUGGCUCACCUUACUCUUGUUGGCACUUUCCACAUUCCCGAUAGGUAUCCCGAGUCGCCACCAAUUGUGCAGCUCCACACACCCACAAAACGAUACAAUGUCGACGCCUAUAGGUGUGAACUUGGAAAGAAGACACCACGCAGCACUAUGUGUUUCGACAUUCUCCGUUCACAAGCUGCAGGGGGGACUUGGAAGCCAGAAUAUACCCUCUCCUCCUUGUUCGCGUCUCUGAUGUCUGCGAUCGUAUCCUGUACGUAAUUCCCGGGUACGAGUAGAUGUCGCAACUGACUUCGUACUGCUACUACUAGUCUACGUUACACAGCAGUAUGGUGGAGAAGUACCCGAAUACGUGACCAUGGAGAAGCUCCAUAC